AUGAGGAACUCAAUUUCUACUCAUACUUAUCUGGCUGCUUCCGUCCUUACUCUGGUUCUUUGCGUUCAUGCCGAGGCCACAAAAGGAGCAUCCUCCAGAGCUCUGUUAACUCCAGAACAAAUAGGGGAGGGGUUGGAGCAAUGCUCGGUCGUACAGAAACUCAAUGCACACAAAGCCGCAACAAGUCCACAAACAGCCUCUGUCACCGCACGCAUCUUCUCUGUCCUCUUCCCAUCCGCCUCUCCCGCCAUAAAUGCCCUCCUAGCUACCGCCUAUAUCUCCGGUCCUCCGAACUUCCUCCUCGCACUAUGUCCUCCCAAUAUCGAUCCAGCUUCCCUGACCAUCAUGGUCGCGUUCGCCGUUGGUGGAUUGCUGGGUGAUACUCUUUUCCAUCUACUUCCAGAAAUAUUCCUAGGAGAGGAUCACCCUGAUAAAGUCCAAUUCGUCCUCCUAGAACCCAACCGCAAUCUGCUACUGGGUGUGGGAAUUAUGGCCGGCUUCGUAGCUUUCGUGGCUAUGGAUAAGUCAUUACGGAUUGCGACUGGUGAAGGAGGACAUUCGCAUUCUCAUAACUAUUCAGACGCGAAAGACCAGGUAACUACAUCCACCUCUUCCGGUUCUUCCACCGGAAAGGCCGCAAACGGCGAGCUCAAGAAGCGCAAACCCGACGCCGACUCCAACUCCGCUCCUAGCAUGCAACCUUCAUCAACCCCACGGAACCCCUCUGUUAAACUCGCCGGCCUUCUCAAUCUCCUCGCAGACUUCACUCACAACAUAACCGACGGUCUUGCCCUCUCCUCCUCCUUCUACGCCUCCCCAACACUCGGCGCCACCACCUGCGUCGCUGUUUUCUUCCACGAGAUCCCGCAUGAAGUCGGCGAUUUCGCAUUACUCAUUCAAUCAGGAUUCAGUAAGCGGAGAGCCAUGGCCGCGCAGUUCUUGACAGCAGUGGGUGCGUUCUUGGGGACGUUCAUUGGAAUUUUUGUGAACGAAUAUGGUGGUGGAGGGGAGAAAGACGGGACAGGAAUUGGGGGGGGAAUUUGGGGAACAAGCUUGAGCUGGGGCGACAUGCUGUUACCAUUUACGGCUGGGACUUUUCUGUACGUGGGCACCGUGGCGGUGAUUCCGGAGUUGUUAGAGGUAACAGGACGGACGAAGAGUGAGGAGUUGAGGAAAACGGGAUUGCAGUUCUUGGCUAUGGCAGUUGGAGCCGGAAUCAUGUUAGGGAUAUCGUGGUCAUAG